CAUUGCAGGGGUGGAGCUGAAAGAAUAGGGGACACACAGAAUAGGCUCGGGGACACACAGUGAGCACCCAGAUCCCGAGGGAGCCCCGAGGCAGGACAGCGCGGAACCGGGAAGGGGGAGAUUUAGGGGAAAAGAGAGGGAGACUCCUGCCUUGAGCUGGGUGGGAAACUUGUUGUUCCGUCCAGAGGAAAGGUUUGAGAUUUCAAAAACGUCCCCUGUGCAGGACUGGCACAAAACGGUGAAAACCUGACAAUUUUCACUGAACUGAAAUUUCAUGUUUUGUUUUGGAAACUGAACCGGGGUGUUUCCCAAAUGAAAUGUGCUCCCAGGCUGGCUCCAUUGGACCAAGCCCUGACUGACUUCCAAGCAGGUUGGCAAGGAACCCAGCCUGGGAGCUGACAAGAAGCCUAUGCAGGUUGCCUACGAACUGUCCAGACAGUGGUAACUGAACUGUUCCUGUAAAAUGGCUCAAUUGAUGAAUCAGCAGAUUCUGAAACACCCCCUCCCCAGCUUCCCCCAAAAUGUUUAGUUUUUUUUAUUUUAGGGAAUCUUUCUGACCAGCUGUACUCCAGCCCUUAUGGGGAUAUCUUCAUCCUGGAGUAUGGGCAAAGGGGCAUGGACCCAGCCUCCCUAGGCUGGCAGCAGCUGCCUGUUUGGAAAGAGCGCAUCAUGGUCAACGAGGCCCACAGUGCCAGUUCCAGGUCGGAGGGCAGCAGCAGCGGCAGUGAGAGCUCCAAGGACAGCUCGCGAUGCUCCACCCCUGUCCUGGAUGCUGAGCGCCACGAGCGGCUGCGGGAGAAGAUGCGCCGGCGAUAUGACUCCGGGGACAAGUGGUUCUCCUUGGAGUUCUUCCCCCCGCGGACGGCCAAUGGUGCGGUCAAUCUGAUCUCCAGGUUCGACCGCAUGGGGAUGGGCGGCCCCCUCUUCAUUGAUGUGACUUGGCACCCGGCAGGGGACCCAGGCUCCGACAAGGAGACCUCCUCCAUGAUCAUCGCCAACACGGCCGUCAACUACUGUGGCCUGGAGACCGUCUUGCACAUGACAUGUUGCAACCAGACCAAGGAGGAGAUCACAGGGCACCUGCAGAAGGCCAAGCGUCUGGGGCUGAAGAACAUCAUGGCGCUGCGAGGAGACCCCAUUGGCGAGGAGUGGGAGGAAGAGGUGGAAGGCUUCAACUACGCCGUCGACUUGGUGAAGCACAUUCGCUGCGAGUUCGAUGACUAUUUUGACAUCUGCGUGGCAGGUUACCCCAAGGGCCACCCUGAAGCCGAGAGCUACGAAGCUGACCUGAGGCACCUGAAGGAGAAAGUCUCUGCUGGGGCUGACUUCAUCAUCACGCAGCUCUUCUUCAGGUCCGAGACCUUCCUCGCGUUCAUGAAGGACUGUCAGGCCAUUGGCAUCACCUGCCCCAUCGUACCUGGCAUCUUUCCCAUACAGGGUUACCAUUCUCUGCGCCAGCUCGUGAAGCUCUCCAAACUCGAGGUGCCGCAGGAGAUCAAAGAAGUGAUCGAGCCCAUCAAGGACAACGACGCAGCCAUCCGGAACUACGGGGUGGAGUUGGCGGCGUCCAUGUGCCGGGAGCUGCUGGACAGCGGCAUGGUGUCCGGCCUGCAUUUCUACACCCUCAACAGAGAAGUGGCCACCACUGAAAUCCUCAAACGUCUGGGCAUUUGGAAAGAGGACCCCAGGCGGCCUCUGCCCUGGGCAGUCAGCGCCCACCCCAAGAGAAGAGUCGAAGACGUCCGGCCUAUUUUCUGGGCCUCCAGGCCAAAGAGCUACAUUCACCGAACUCAGGAAUGGGAUGAUUUCCCCAAUGGCCGCUGGGGGAACUCUUCCUCGCCAGCCUUUGGCGAGCUGAAGGACUAUUACCUCUUCUACCUGAAGAGCAAGUCGCCGCGGGAGGAGCUCCUGAAGAUGUGGGGGGAGGAGCUGACGAGUGAGGAGAGCGUCUUCGAGGUGUUCACCUGUUACAUCUCCAGAGAGCCCAACAGGGAGGGGCACAAGGUGACCUGCCUGCCCUGGAACGACGACCCUCUCGCUGCUGAAACUAACCUCUUGAAGGAGCAGCUGGACAAGGUGAACAGAAGAGGAAUCCUGACCAUCAACUCCCAGCCAAACAUCAAUGGCAGACCGUCCACUGACCCCAUCGUGGGCUGGGGGCCCAGUGGGGGCUAUGUCUUCCAGAAGGCAUACCUGGAAUUCUUCACCUCCAGCGAGAACAUCACCGCGCUGCUUAAAGUGCUGAAGAUGAAGAAGUACGAGCUCCGAGUGAAUUACCACAUUGUCAACGUCCGGGGUGAAAACAUCACCAACGCUCCUGAUCUGCAGCCCAACGCCGUGACCUGGGGCAUCUUCCCAGGCAGAGAGAUCAUUCAGCCGACGGUUGUGGAUCCAGUUAGCUUCAUGUACUGGAAGGAUGAGGCCUUCGCUUUGUGGAUUGAGCAGUGGGCUAAGCUGUAUGAAGAGGAGUCUCCCUCUCGCAUGAUUAUCCAGUACAUCCACGACAACUACUACUUGGUCAACCUGGUGGACAACGAGUUCCCGCUGGAGAACUGCCUGUGGCAGGUCGUGGAGGACACUUUCGAGCUCUUGAACUGUCCCACGGAGCAGUGAGUCACAGCCGCUCACUCCGUCCAUCCACCCACUCACUGCAGGCAGCACAACUGCCAGGGGGCAAGAGGAGCCCGGCUCGGCAUGACAUGGAGCCAGACACUCCGCCCAAGGGCCACGUCCACUCUGCUCUCGCCUCCUCAUUGAGCCACGUUCUCUCGCCUGCUCUGCCCGAGGCACAUGCUCGUCUCUCCCAGAGCGAGACUCCAUCAGGGGCUUCCCAACACCCCUCUCUGUUACAAACGAAACGUGUCCCACUGUCUGUUUUCAUAUGCUAAUGGCAGCUAGAACCACCUGAACCUCCUAGCAGAGCUGUAGGCUGCAUUCUAAGAAACGAUCGAGCUGCUUUUUCAGUGUCCUCUUCAGGGUUUGUUUCAAUGUGAUCCUAGUGGAGACUCACCCACUCACUGCAGCAGAGACAGCGUGCUGGGGUAGUUGGACACUACAUGGUCUAAAAGACUUGGUCAAGUUUUCUCCCAACCCCCCCCCCCCCUUUUGUUUUUUAAAGGAACGGGAAUAAGGGAAUUCUCCAGGUCAGUUUAAUCUUUAGUUUGGUGAUUAGGAAUUAAUUAAUAAAUAGCAGACACUAGGCAUG